AUGCACUGGUUCUCCUGGUCCUUCUUCAAGUCGAGGGGGGCAAACAAAGCUCCGGUCGGCUCGGAAUCUGGUCCCCCAACAUUAUCCAACCUCCCUCGAUCUGAGGCCAGACCUCAAAAUGGCUCGGAUACUCACAAGGCCCCUUCUAAUGUUGGGGCAAAUGUCGACGACACACAGACGAACAAAUCUAGGAACGAGGUGGACAAGAGCAAGGAAAUUACAGAACUUGCCGAAGACAUGGCUCUGGGAAGAAAUGAGUCCCUGGGGAUUCCAGCGGAGAUCCCGAAACAAUUGUCUGCACACGAAGAUGACGCAGGCGGAGAGCUCAUUGAACAACGAGGCCCAGCGAUUCUGAUACCGCCAUCAGACCUACAUCAUGAGCCUGAAUCUGGCACACCAGAAGCGACCGAUCGUUCUCAAGCCUUGCGUGCUCUAUGGAAUCAGUUUGAUCAUAGUGUGGAUUCUUUCACACAUCGUCUCAUACGAGCUGGCGACCUAAGGAGAGAAGCUAUUCGAAUAGGGGAAACGGCGAUCGGCCAAGUCGACGCGUUGCCGGCCUCUGCAAUUGACGACGGCUUGCGAGGUCUCCGUGACACCCUACAGGGGUUGAAGCAGGUCGAGACUAAACUGCAGGAAGAGGAUCGAAAAUUGAUUCAGCAGGGUUUUCAGAUCGUUCGCCAGGGCUCAAAGAUCUUUGGCCCCGCAGCAGAGACGUCGUUCCAGGUUCUCAACGACCAAGGAGUCGUUAUGCAAUCCCGUCGAAGUGCUACAGAAGAAUCAAUCAUAUCUGCGGACGACAUUCGACUCGAUCAAACCCCGGAGGCUCGACGUUAUCUCUCUAAACAGGGCGACGUGGAAUUACUGGAGGAGCUACUGAUAAACUUGGCUGCGGAGAGGGCCAUGUUGAUCGACGCGAACGAACCGCCGAGUGUCAUACAAGAACUUGACACGAGGUACAAGGAGUUGUCGGAUAAACUGAAUCAAGCUGAAGAGGUGUUGGCCCGGCUUUACGACGAUCUGCCAGAGAGGAGGGUGAGCAUCCCCCAAGAGCAAUUGAUAGAGCAACACAGUACUAGCCGAAGCGAUAUCGAUCCCGAGGAAACGGGUAGCGCAUCAGAGUCUCAAUCACAACGAGAGCUCCCAGGAAACAGUCUGUCCCAGAUCCUUGCAAGCACCACAAAUGACCAUCCGGAUCCGUCCACGACACUCGUCAAGGCCUACCUCAACUAUCAAUCGCAGCAGUCUGCUCGGGGGCAGCAAGACUUGUCCGAAGCGGCUGAAGAUGCCAGGGCAGAAGGCUGUCAAGCUCAGGAGAGAGACCCAAACAACCUUGACGGCAAUAGAUAG